AUGGCUUUGGUAAACCCAUUUUCCAGCCUAACCUCCGGUGAUAAGCAAUGGGUAGAUCACAUCAGCAAAACCUUGAAAAAACAGCUUGCCAUUAACGUCGAUACACCUCCACUGUCCAUAUUUCAAAUUCCUCAAAUUCUAAAAGACGAAAAGCCCGAAGUUUACGUCCCUCAACGGAUAGGGCUUGGCCCUAAUCACCAUUUCCAGCCAGAGCUCUAUCAGAACAUGGAGCAAAACAAACUCACUUCCGUGAAAAGGGUACUUAAGUCUAAUAAAGUUCAAGUCUCUGAAGACCAAGUCGUAGAUAAAGUCAAAGAGAUCAUCCCUAUAAUUUGUGCUUGCUAUGAUUUGUACCUUGAUGCUGAUGAUGACACCUUGGCAUGGUUAUUCACCAUUGACAGUCUCUUCUUUAUUGAUCUACUUGGUGCUUAUAUUGAUCAACAGGUUGCAAUAGAUGCAAAAGAUUUUAUCAUGUUAGAGAACCAGAUUCCUCUAAUUGUAUUGAAGGAAAUCCAAAAGGUCCUAUCUGGUAGCUAUGAUGAAACCCAAGAAGAUUUCUGGGAAUCUAAGUUUGGGUAUUUCUGUAAGUGCCACUCACCAUUUAUCCUCUCUAAAGAGAAAAUCGAUUUAGUAGAGUAA